UUGGGCUGAAGUGUUGGCAGAGCUGAGGGAUGUUUACAUGCAAACUCCGCCCCCUCCCUUAGUGCUGGGGGUGUGGGUCCGGGCGGGGUUGCUACCUGCUGCAAAGGUGUGGGGGAUAAUGGCUACAGCCAGGUGCCCCUGCGAUUUCCACCUGCCCUGACAAUGACAAGGUGCUGGCUGGAGCAGAGGUACACGGUUGAAUUCCUUCCCCUGAAAUUGAGGGGGAUAGUGUAUCUGUGGCAUUGGUAAAGUAGCCGCCUACCUCAAAGCUUGCAGCAAAGUCUUGCUAUGCAGGGUCGGUUGUUUGGUGAGUCCUGGGCUUAUUCUGAAUCCUGUGUGGAGUAUACCGUAGUGCCUUCGGGAGGUGGCAAAAUAAGGUCAUCGCUUUGAUCCUUCUUGCCUCUUGGAAGGUGCCAUGCAAAUGCAGUUGGAUGACUGAUGACAGAAACUUGAAUCAAAAUGCCUAAUUUCGAACAUCCAGAGUAUCCCGAAGCUACCUUGCUUCACCUGGAAAGUAUGGUGCCCUGUCGAGAAUCCCAAGUGUCAUCACUGUUGUCAAUAUUUGGAGAGCGUCAACAUUUUAGCUUCCCAUCCAUCUUUAUCUAUGGACAUACCUCUAGUGGCAAGACCUAUGUGAUGCAAACUCUUCUAGAAACAUUAGAGCUUCCUCAUGUGUUUGUGAACUGUGUUGAAUGCUUUACUUCAAGGCUGCUUUUAGAGGAAAUUUUGACCCAGUUGCAGAGCCUUUCAUCUGAAAAUAAACACGAUUCUCAUGUGCCCUGUGACACAUUUAAUGACUUUGUACGUCUGUUUAAGCAAGAAAUUAUUACUCAAGAUCUACAGAAUCAAACAGUAUAUAUUGUGCUGGAUAAAGCAGAGCAGCUGAGGGAAAUGGAGGCAAAUAUGUUGCCAGGGUUUCUUAGACUACAAGAAAUGACAGACAGAAAUGUCACUGUUAUUUUCCUUAGUGAAAUUGUUUGGGAACUGUUUCGUCCAAACACUGGAUGCUUGGAGCCAUUCACCUUGUAUUUUCCUGACUACAGCAUAGGAAACCUACAAAAGAUUCUGUCCCAUUAUCAUCCUCCAGAAUAUUCUGCUGAUUUCUAUGCUGCGUACAUUAAUAUUCUUCUUGGUGUCUUCUACACAGUCUGCAGGGACUUGAAAGAGCUUCGACAUCUGGCUGCACUAAAUUUUACUAAAUAUUGUGAACCAGUGGUCAGAGGAGAAGCAAAUGAACGUGACACACGUCGACUCUGGAAAAAUAUUGAAUCUCAUUUGAAGAAAGCAAUGCAGACUGUUUAUCUCCGGGAAAUAUCCAGCUCACAGUGGGAGAGAAUACAGCAGGAUGAUGGAGAACCUGGGCACUUGAAAGGACUUUCUGCACAUGCUCACGUAGAACUUCCUUAUUACUCCAAAUUCCUUCUAAUAGCUGCUUACCUUGCCUCCUACAAUCCUGCCAGGACAGAUAAGAGGUUCUUCCUUAAGCAUCAUGGGAAAAUCAAGAAGACAAACUUUCUGAAAAAACAUGAAAAGACCAGCAAUCACCUCCUUGGACCAAAGCCAUUCCCCCUGGACAGAUUGUUAGCAAUAUUAUACAGUAUUGUGGACAACAAAGUUGCUCCAACUGCAAAUAUAUUUUCCCAGAUCACCUCUCUUGUGACACUCCAGCUUUUAACCUUGGUUGGCCAUGAUGACCAGCUUGAUGGACCGAAGUACAAAUGUACUGUCUCUCUGGACUUCAUCAGGGCUAUUGCAAGGACCGUGAACUUCGACAUAAUAAAGUACUUGUAUGAUUUCUUGUGAAAACAAUCCUCACAGCCAUAUGGACACUGUGACAAUGACUAAAGCAAGCUGUGUUCUUCUAUCUACUUAGCUGGCCAGGCAGAGGAGCGUUUUGGCUCUACUGGAUUUGUCCAAACAGGUGCUGGCCCAGCAUGCAAUCUGAUGAAAAUAUUCUGAUUGGUCUGGGUGGAUCUGAGCAGAGGACUAUUUACCAGGGACCCUGGAGUAUUUGGAAGCAAUGUGUUAAUUAUAAACAGCAGGGUUUGAGCACAAUCUGUUCUACUCUUAAUGAUGUUAUCUUAACACUGAAAUUGCCUGAAACCCAUUUACUUAGGACUGCAUUUUGCUCUAUGAACUAUCCCCUGUGCUUUGAACAUGGCAGCAGCCCUUGUUUGUAUGCCCAGUCUUUUCACGUCCUCUCCGCAGGAAUCUUUGCAAUUGCCUGCCAAAGCAGCUUUUCCUAAAGCCACCAUUUUAAGAGAGUGGAGCAGCAAAAUAUAAUAAACAUAAGUGCAUGUUUAAAAUCAA